CAAAAAUCUAUCUAAAUUAGGCUUCGCGAUUCCCUGAUAAUGACAUCUCUAAAAGUUGAAUUCAACAGAGCACCCGAAUCUUGGCCUGUGACAUUAUCCUAUUCCUAUACAACCAACGUCCAAUAAUUGAAAUAUUCAACCCUCCAACUUGCCUUGAAUAAUAUUCAACUCUCCAACUUCAAAAUUUAAUAUAUUCAACUGCAUCUAAGCCCCCACUUUCUAACAGUCCACGAAACCUCCAUCUCCACCACCUACAAUAAGACCAAACAUCUUCACAAUUCUCAUUCAUCUCUCCGAUAGAGAGAGAAAGAAAGAAAGAAAGAAAAUGAAUUGGCCUCAAUUCCUCCUCUUCCUAAUCCUAAUAUCAUGCCUACCUCUGGCUAUGGGGCAGCAGCCAUACAUCCGCGACCUCAUAGAAGACUGCGAUGUCAGAGACAACAACAACUCCGCCCUCGGUUACACCUGCAACGGCCUCCUCCCUUCCUGCCAAUCCUACCUCACCUUCCGCGCCCGCCCCCCCUACAACACCCUCGCCUCCAUCUCCACCCUUUUAUCCGCUAACGCAUCCCACCUCGCUCAACUCAACUCCAUCUCCCAAAACGCCAUCCUCCAAGCCGAGCGCACGGUGCUGGUGCCUGUGACAUGCUCCUGCUCCGCCCAGACCUACCAAGCCAACGCCUCCUACACCGUCCAGUCCAACGACGUCUACUUCACCAUCGCCAACAACACGUUCCAGAGCCUGUCAACAUGCCAAGCCCUCCAAGUCCAGAACAGCAUUGGAGCAAGAGAUUUGUCAGUUGGUGCAAGACUAAGUGUUCCGUUGAGAUGUGCGUGUCCGACUCAAACUCAAGUCGACGAUGGUGUCAACUACUUGCUCAGCUAUGUGUUGCAGUUCGGCCAGUUUGUUGAGGUCAUAAGUGAGAUGUUUGGGGUUGAUAAUACCAGAACUUUGGCAGCCAAUAACUUGACGGAAACUGACACCGUUUAUCCGUUCACCACUCUUCUGCUUCCUCUUCAGAACCCUCCCAAUAGUACUCAGGUGACAGCGCCUCCUCCGCCCCCUCCACCCUCCCCCACACCUCCCCCGGAUACAGGUGGUGGCUCGUCGAGCAAGACAUGGAUAUACGUAGUGGUUGGCGUUGUUGGAGGGCUUCUUGCUUUGUUUGCUAUGGGGAUGGUUUUCUUCCUCCGGAGGAGGAGGCAGAGGAGGGCAGCGGAGGCUGUUGCGUCGCCACAGAGGUUUCAAUCUGUUGAAAAACCGUUGAAGAAAGAGGCUGAUGAUGAGUCUGAGGACUUUCUUGAGAGCAUUUCUAGCAUAGCACAGUCUCUUAAGGUCUACCCUUUCCAGCAGCUGAGAGAGGCAACUGACGAUCUCAGCCCGGCUUGUUUAAUCAAAGGCUCUGUUUAUCAAGGCACCAUCAAUGGAGAUCUUGCUGCCAUCAAGAAAAUGAGUGGUGGAGAUGUCUCCAAAGAAAUCACUCUGCUGAACAAGAUAAAUCACUCCAAUCUCAUCCGUCUCUCCGGUGUAUCCUUCAACGAGGGCAACUGGUACCUUGUCUACGAGUACGCCUCAAAUGGAGCGCUCGUGGAUUGGCUUCACAGCAGGGGCCAGCAAGGCGUUCUCAGCUGGGAUAGGAGACUGCAGAUUGCUCUUGAUGUGGCUGCUGGUCUGAACUACCUCCAUCUCUACACUACACCUCCGCACAUUCACAAGGAUCUCAACAGCAGCAACGUCCUCCUUGAUGAUGAUUUCAGAGCCAAGAUCGCGAAUUUUGGGCUGGCAAGAGCUGCAGAAGGCCAGGAGGGCCAGUUUGCAUUGACAAGGCACAUAGUUGGGACGAAAGGCUACAUGGCACCCGAGUAUUUGGAGAAUGGAGUAGUCUCUCCUAAGCUUGAUGUGUACUCGUUUGGUGUUAUGUUGCUGGAGAUUCUCACAGGUAAACAAAUCUCCGAGUUGUAUGAAGAGGUGGACAUGAGGUUACCAGAGGUCUUGGCUCCGGUGCUGUCGGAAGGCGGACAUGAGAAGAUAAGCAGCUUGAUGGAUCCUUUGCUGCUCGGGAACUAUCCUUCAAACCUCGCCCUCGUGCUGUUCAGAAUGAUUGACGGGUGCCUCAAGAAAGAUCCGUCUGCUCGCCCAAGCAUGGAGGACGUUUUCCAGUCCCUCUCGAGAGUUUCUGGUGAAUGGGCAGUCAGCAUAUCAGAGUCUGGUGCUUCUACUAGAUAAGACAAUGAUUUACCUUCUAUUUUUGUUUUCUGCUUGAAUUGAACUACAUUUAUAUGCACCAAAUUUCAUUUACAUGAAGAGAUAUAAAAUUUGUUGAUUCAUUGCUCUGUGAAUCAACUGCUCCAUAUAAA